AAGUUUUGUUUGGUACUUGUUUUAUUUGUUUUUUUUUCAUUUAAAUAUUUGAUAUAGAAAAAUGGAGAUUGAUAAAUUCUGCUGUGUUUGUGUGGAAUUUGACAAAGAGUUAGAAAAUGUACAAAGUAAAGAUGGAAAUAAUAUCGAAUAUUCAGAAAAAUUAAGUCUUUGUGAUCCCAGUCAGCUGUGGCUCGACCAAGACUUUUAUAUUUGUAAAGAGUGUAUUGAGAAAUUAAAUCUAGUUUAUGAAUUUAUUAUGUGCUGUAAGAAAAGUAAAGAUUUGCGAGAGCAACAGCUUAUUAAAUUUCAAGAAGAAAUUGAACAGAAGUUAAAUAUAGAGGAAUUAGUAAUAUGUGAUAUUUGUAAAAAAUCUUUCAAGCAGAAAAGGUAUCUCAAAUUACACAUUACGAGGGUCCAUCUUAAAACUUCAAAAAACAAAAGAAAUAAAGUGCAAGGCAAGGAUAAUGGGACUACUACAGAAGCUUAUGAUUUAAAAGAAGACAAAAUAGAUAUAAAUGAUGUAACACAUGGUUUGUCUAAUAAUGUAUUUGAAGAUGAAAAUGAUGACUCAGGUCAUAAUGCAUUUAGUGAACAUUAUGACAGUGAUCCAGACCCAGAGUACAAACACAAAUUGAAAAGAAGAAAAUAUCGUCAAAAACAAGAAUCUUUUACUUGCUCAUAUUGUGGAAAACUUUUUAAUAGGCGACAACAUUGGUCAGCACAUAUUAGGUCAAUUCAUACAUUCGAAAAACCAUACAAAUGCAAUUUAUGUGAAGCAUCAUUCUCUAAUUCACAUAGUUUAUUAGUUCACAACAGAAAUCAUAGGAAUGAAAAGCCAUGUAUCUGUAGCACAUGUGGGAAGGGUUUUGUAUGUUCAGGAGAUUUAAAUCAUCAUAACAAAAUACAUCUGAAUAAAAGAGAGUAUCAAUGUAAUAUCUGUGAUAAGGGAUUUAAUACUGCAAGUAUUUUAAGAACUCACAGAAUUGUUAAACAUACAGACCCUAAAGACUGGAAAUAUGGCUGCACUGUAUGUAAUAGAAGAUUUCCCUUAAAUAGUGGUUUAGCUGUUCACAUGAAACGCCACAAGGGUGUUAGAGAGUACUCAUGUAAUGUAUGUGAAAAACAAUUCUUUAACAAAUCAGAAGUUACUAAACAUUUUUUAACACAUUCCGAUGAGCGUCAUUUUACUUGCAUGUAUUGUGGAGAAAAGGAGUACAAAAGUAAAGAAGCUUUUAACAAACAUUUGAAGAUGGUACACGAUAUAGGUACCUGGAAGAAGCCAAAAUUGGAAAAGAAAUUUUUAUGUCCAAUUUGUCCCAAGUUGUUUCUAUUUAACAACAAAUUGCAAAGACAUAUUUUAAGUCAUACUGGUGAAAAGCCUUAUAAAUGUGAAUAUUGUGAGAAACAGUUUUAUGAAAAUUAUUAUAGAAAGGUUCAUUUGAAAAAAGAUCAUAACCUUGAUAUCUGAAUCUAAAAAAAUGAAAUAUUUAUAAAGUUUAUUGUAAAUAAUUAAGUUAUAACAAUGGCAUAACUUAAAGACAUUCCUAAAUUCCUAAUUUAUUUAGUUCAUAUAUCUGUCAAAUUAUAUAGGAAGUGAUUUUACAUGUUUUAAAGAGAAAUAUUAAUUUUGCAACA